AUGCCGAGCCGUUGGAGGUGGCGCGAUGUGGGACUGGUGGGCCGGCGUGAUGGAGGAGCUGCAGAGGUGGUGGUCCUUGCUGUGAGAACGCAGCGCAGGGGAAGUGGGGGGGCGUCAGAUGACUCGAAGCUUCUGCAGGUGACCAUCCCCUCCACGGAGGCUGCUGUGCUGGGCGGCUCUCUGACGUUACCCUGCCUGGUGUCUCUGGCUCACCCGCCGCCGUCCCCCUCCACCAACGGCCGCCACGCCGUGCUGUCCCUCCCCCGGGUCAAAUGGAGCGUUCUGACUCAAGGCCGAGAGACGGAGAUCCUGGUGGCCCGCGGCGACCGGGUGAGAGUCAGCGAGGCCUACAAAGACCGAGCCUCGCUGCUCAACUACGCCUCCUCGCCCGCCGACCUCACGCUGCGGCUGGAGAGCCUGAGGCAGAACGACACCGGCUUCUACCGCUGCGAGGUGCAGCAGGGCCUGGAGGACGCCGACGAUGUGGCUCACGUCAAGGUCAAAGGGGUGGUGUUCCAUUACCGUGAUGCUUCCAGCCGCUACGCCUUCACCUUCGAGCGAGCCAGAGAGGCCUGCGACGAGAUCGGGGCUCAAAUUGCUUCUCCAGAGCAGCUCAUGGCCGCUUACCACAGCGGAUACGAGCAGUGUGACGCAGGCUGGCUGUCAGACCACUCAGUGAGAUAUCCCAUCCAGAUGCCCAGAGAGGGAUGUUUCGGGGACAUGGAUGGAUUGCCGGGAGUGAGGAACUACGGACUGUUAGAGCCUGAUGAGCUGUAUGACGUGUACUGCUACGUGGAGAACAUCGCUGGUGAAGUGUUCCAUGACUCCGCCCCCCAGCGCUUCACCUUCUGGGAGGCCAAAGCCUUCUGCCUGAGCCACGGGGCGGAGCUGGUCACCACCGCUCAGCUGUACGCAGCCUGGAAUGACGGGCUGAACCUCUGCAGCCCAGGCUGGCUGGCGGACGGGAGCGUGCGCUACCCCAUCGUCACCCCCAGAGAGCGCUGUGGAGGCGGAGACCCCGGGGUCAGAACUGUGUAUCGCUACAGCAACCAGACGGGCUUCCCCGAGGCUCACACUCAGCACGACGUCUACUGCUUCAGAAGCGAUGACGGCCACUACACACAAUCUCCUCACGGUUUCCUUGCCACUGAGCCGGAGGACAUUGGCCAGGACGUUGUUUUCUUAACUAAUCCUGCAGAGGAGGAGUUCAUCCAGAGCGAGGCGACGGCAAAGGGGGACGAAGAGGUCCAGCAUGCCCAUACGGCCAAUCCUGUCAAGCAGGAGCCCGCGGAGGCUCAGCCCAUAACAUCGGGUCAUGACAAGGAAGCUCUGCGGACGGUCGGCCUGCGCCAGACGGUCACUCCUCCGUCUGAGCAUCACGUGUCCACAGAGCAGAACACCUGGGAGGUGAUGGAGAAGACCAGCUACCCAGAGUCCUCCCACCCUGCACCUGAGGAAAACACAGACACGCACCAUGAAGAGUCUCACGCACGUCCUUCUCCAAAGACCGACGGAGGAGUAACUGUUGGCGAAGUCUCCACUUCACCCACAACUGAUGUGACAGCUGCAGAGAGCGAGGAGAGCGAGGAGAGCAAGGAGAGCAAGGAGAGCGAGGAGAGCGAGGGGCAUCACACUUCUGUGACUGAAACUACUCCAGCUGUCAGUGCAACAUCUGGAGCCGAUGCAAAUGAGCUCCUCAGCAGCUCCCCGGAGGUUCCUCAGGAGGGCGACCUUCCUGUUUUACACGAGGGCCACACUCCUGGUGUCCACCUGGAUCUCAUCGUCUACUCGAGCACCGCUCCCGAUGUGUCGACGCAGCCAGAAGAGGCCAGCGCGGGUCCUUUGGAGGAGAUGUUAGCGGUGACUGCUUCCCCGCACAGCGAGGAAACAGAUGUUCUCUCCUCCACGCUGCUGCCAUCUUUUGAUAACAGCACGCCUGAGAACCAUCCAACUGAAGAGGAGUCUGGAGAGGAGAGUGUGAAUCCUCUUGUGGAGGAGGAAACACAAACUGAAUCGCUCCCCACGUCUGAGUCGGGUUAUGAUCCCACCCCGGAGCACUCGGGUGUAACUGUGGAGGCGUCCAUGCCGGGCGAUCAUGAGGACUCCAGCACUUCAGAGGAGGCAACAGAUGACGGACAUCCUGCACAAACCUCCACAGCAGAGGUCAUCACGGCCACAGAGGUCAUCACGGCCACAGAGGUCAUCACGGCCACAGAGGUCAUCACGGCCACAGAGGCCUCCGGUGUGGACGCUCCGGUCCUGAACAUGGAUCCGGUCACCUUGUUGACAUCCUCUGCUUCUGUAACCCUGUCUCCCUCUUCAGUGGAGGCGGACACCAGCUCAACAGAGGUUAUAACCUUCAUAUCUGAAAGCAACACUUCCUCUGGGGCCGAACCUCUGGAGGACGUGCAGGACAAGCUUGAACAGGAGGGAUUAGGAGACGUGUUCCUCGCCCAAAAUAUCACAGACGGGGAUCGAGAUGCCGGAGAGGGAUCCGGUGAAUCUUCAGGAGAAAGCGCGGAGGUGACACCAGGAGUCCCGUGGACAGACCCGACUCUCUCAGCGGACCACACUUCAGAGGGAGCAGACGGCGAGGAUGCCACUGAAGCUCCUCCUCCGUCACAUGUGAAAAUCACUCUGAUCCCUCGUCUGACUCUCAGCCCCGGCUGGGAACCAGAGCCGUCCUCCUCCACACCGCAGGAGUCUCGCUCUGAUCUGGAAUACAGCGCCGAGCCUCCCGUGGCCGAGGAAUCUGGUGACGUCCCAAAGGAGCAGGAGGUCGCGUCUGAGGUCCCCGACAGCAGCGUCCAUGAACAAGAGGGAGGCGAGGGGGAGACCAGCACAGACGAGCCUCCGGUUAAACUAUGCACAUGGCAUCCGGAGGAGGAAACCAGCGGCCCGACGGCCACCGCUCCCACCGUGUUCCCGGAGUAUUCUGCGCUGGCGGCGUCUCUGCCCGCUGCUAAAGUUUCUGCUGUGAGACCAGGAGACAUGUCAGCUGCAGACUCCUGCCUGCAGAACCCGUGCUUGAACGGAGGCACUUGUGUCGACGGUGAAUCCACGAGGUGCAUCUGUUUGCCCGGUUACGGAGGAGACUUGUGUCAAACAGACCUGGAGGUGUGUGAGCCCGGCUGGGAGAAGUUUCAGAGCUUCUGUUAUCGCCACUUUGCCAAGAGGCAGAGCUGGGAGGCGGCUGAGCAGCACUGUCGCAUGUGUGGGGGUCACCUGCUGUCGCUGAUGACCCCCGAGGAGCAAGACUACAUCAAUGACGAAUACAAAGAAUAUCAGUGGAUUGGACUGAAUGACAGAACCAUCGAGGGAGACUUCCGCUGGUCGGACGGGAACCCUCUGCUCUUUGAGAACUGGUACAAAGGUCAGCCUGACAGCUACUUCCUGUCAGGUGAGGACUGUGCGGUGAUGGUGUGGCACGACGGCGGCCGCUGGAGCGACGUGCCGUGCAACUACCACCUGUCCUACACCUGCAAGAAGGGCGCCUCAUCUUGUGGCGAGCCGCCCAAAGUUCCCAAUGCGAAGGUGUUUGGGAAGAAGCGGUUGCGUUACGAGACAAACACCAAGGUGCGCUACUUCUGUGAGGAGGGUUUCGUGCAGAAACUGAACCCUGUGAUCAAGUGUCUGCACGGCGGCCAUUGGGAGGAGCCUCGGAUUACCUGCAUCCCAAUCCGUUCGACAGAAGACGACUCAGUGACCUCACUUCCUGACCAGCAUGAGGUCAUGGAGGUCAUGGACACCGCCACAGAGAAAGCAGCUCGGCUGUUCUGGGACAUUAAGUGGAAUGUCUGAAGAAUAAAACGAUGUUUCUCCUCCUCUGUUCCCACUUUUCUCGCGUCUCAAAAGACUUUUAAGCCCCGUCUCUGCAUUAAGUUAACCUGUAUGAAUAUAAUCUUUAAUAUUAAAGACGUAUCAAGGCCACAGUUCAUGCAGUCGUGGAAAACAAAUACGCAUUUUUCAGUAAAGUGAUGUCAAAAAAUGGCUGGAUGGAUGAAUUAAAAAUGGCCGCCAGAAUAACUUUGUUAUGGAACAUCAUAUCCUCUUUUAUCUUUUGACUUACCCCCCCCCCCCCCCCCAUAAUCAGACAUUUUACAGGUAAACUGAACAGUUUUUAAAGAUGGCGGAAGUGAAACCAGCCUUUUCAUUUGAACAUGUUUUAAACACGCUGCUGACGACACUUUGCAGUUUAGUAAAGAAAGAAUUAAACAUUCGCUGAAGCUUCA